GUCUGUUGAGCCGUAUUUGGGUUUGUUGGGCCAUGUUUAAUAGUAUUUUUGAUACGAACCUAAUAGGAGGAUAGGAAGGAAGAAGUCUAAUCUCUCCGCCACAAGAAGAUGGUUCGCUGUGUUGCCAAACUGACAGACGAUCUCAUGGUGGAGAUCCUUUCUCGUCUGCCGACCAAGUCCUUUUUCCGGUUUCAAUGCGUCUCCAAGUCCUGGCUCGCCCUUUCAUCUGAUCCCUACUAUCAGAAUAACUUCCCUCGUGCUGCAUCUGGCCUCUUCGUCGAUGUCCCUUAUGGAGACAUGACCGCUUUCGGGCACCGGAGGCGUAUCCAAUAUAUUAGCCUCUCAAACAACGAUGACGAUCUUGCCAUCAACACCUCUCUCAGUUUCUUGCGCAAGUUAUGGAAUAUGGAGGUGAUAUGGAAUAUGGAGGUGAUCAGCUCCUCCAAUGGGCUGCUCCUCUGCCGCUCGUGGUGGUGGGUCCGAAAAAUCUGCCGCAUAACUACAUCCCUCUACGUCUGCAAUCCCGCCACUAAAGAGUGGACUGUCCUCCCUGGAGGAGAGAUCACCAGGUACCUUGCUUUGGGCUUCGAACCUCGCGUCUCCCACCACUACCAUGUCCUCGGCUUCGACAGGAUCGCUAGGCUUAGGAUCUUCUCGACUAGGACAAACCAGUGGGUCGACAGCGAAGUCUCUAAUUUCAAAGAGUAUCGCAGCCCACAGGCUACUUUCACCAAUGGGAUUUUCUAUGUUACAUACGGUCUAAACCAAGUCUUGGGAAUUGAUCCAGAGGGAAAGGUUUGCCACAGAGUCGAGCUGCCUGAAUCCGAUUACGUGUACCGUGACUACCGUCUAGGACACUCAGGGGGUUAUUUGCAUUAUAUGCUGCGAAGCAAGGGUGAGAUAAAUGUGUGGAUGCUUGAGGACUACUGUCAUGUCGAUUGGAUCUUCAAGCAUUGUAUUAACGUCAGAGCCAUGUUACAGAAACAUGGGAUCCCUGAAACACCCUAUGUUUAUGUCACAGAAUUUCAUCCAGAUGUGGAUGCUAUUUUCCUUCGAAUAGAUGGCAACAUCUUCUCAUAUCACUUAAAUAGUGGUAGAUUGGAAGAAGUCUACAACUUGCCUCGUACAAGCGAUCUAGGAUGUGUUGCGUAUUCACCCACUAAUCGAAGGGGUUUGGUGAUGAGGUUGUCUGAUGGGAUGGACGACGGACAGAUUUAUGAACGACUCAUGGCAACAUAUCAUAGCAUGUUAGAGGAGGAUGAGCCCGAGUCAUGAUGGACGUACGUCGAGUUUGAAUCUUUACUUGGGAGUGCCCAAAAACACAUUGAGUUCAUGAUUUCCAGCAUUUAAUUAUAUUGGAUUGAGUCUAUUUUUUAUUUUGGUUUAUUAGGUCAUAUUGUGUUCUUUUAUUUUGGGUUUGUUUGAGUUCUUGUUUUCAGUUUGUAAUUUGCUAAUUUGUAUUUGAUGAUUGAGUCCAUUUUAGUUUAGUAUGGACAUGUAGUUUGGGUUUAUUUACGUUUUGUUGGCGAGCUUGUUUGCAUUGGGUCCUUAAAUUGGUUUAUAAUUGCUGAAUUAUGAUAGUUGGGAUUGAGUCCUUGUCAUUGAGUGCCUUGUGGCAAUCAGUUGGCUGAAGAUUAGGAGGCGUGGAAGAGAGAUUCAUGCCCCAAGGAAUGGUCCUCCUUUCACUAGAAAAUCUUCAUGUGUGAUGAUCUAUCCUUGCUGAUUUUUAGGGAUCCUUAUCUCCAUGAAUUGGCGUCCCUUUGACGAGUUCUACUUGGAGAAGGACUCACAUCACGUGAAGGGGAGAAAUAACCCUCAACGCAUGAACAAGUCAACCGUGAAGGAAGAAAAUCAGAUGGCGCCUUUAGGCGUGAAGAUCCUAGAAGAUUUUCCUUAACGUGUGGAGUGUUUUGACUUUAUCAAAUCCUACUUUGGUUAGGGGUCCUAUUAGUCUCUAGUAUUUGAAUUUAGUCAUUAACCUAAAUCUGAGUUUGAAUCAUGUAAUGAGAUCCCUAUUUUGUUCCAACGCCCCAUCUAUUUUAAAGGUGGAUGUUGAAGAAUAAAGGAGAAUUAAUUUUGGUUUUCAA